AUGCCCUCUCUGGAUCUGCGAUUGAGUGCCGCCGGUGGAAAGGCCCUUCGCAAGAGGACCGUGUCAACGCUAGACUUCAAGAAGGUAAAGAAGAAGAAGCUGCGGCUCUCGACUUCGACUGGGCUGUGUGGACGACACUUCUGUCGAGUAAAGGACGAGGUCAAGAUGUCCUGGGCGACUCUUCCCGGCGUCCGCCUGAAGGAGCCCCCAGCCCCACAGACCCCUCUCCCCGAAGAGGAAACUGCAAUGCAGUAUCCUGGCGACGAGCAGCAUGAGUCGGAGGUUCAUGAGGAGCAGCAGAAAGCAGGCGAUGAUGAGCAGGUGUCAGGUGAGGAGAAGCAGGUAAGAGACGACUUCCGCUUUCUCUUGGGCAAUGUCAUUUCAGUGCGAGUAGAGAUGCCAGACGAAACCGAAGAGGACAAGGAGAAUAAAAACGGAGAGGAAACAAAAGACAAAGACAAAGAAAAAGAAGAAUCGAAAACGGAAGAAGAAAAAGGACAAGAAGACGAAGACGAAGAGAGCGACGAAGAGGACAUUUCAGACACGAAAGAGGAGAUAGUGGAAGGGUUGAAGAGCCAGGACAAAAGGCGCCAGCUGAUCGCCGCCGAAAAAGCCCGCCAUUUGCUCUCGUCGCCGCGGCCGCCGGUCAAUCAGCUGAUCGACGCCGGCGUCCUCCCGCCGCUCGUCCUGUGCAUGGCCAGGCAGGACGCCCCCGAACUGCAGCUGGAGUCCGCGUGGGCUGUGACCAACAUCGCCUCAGGGAAAUCAAAGCACACCAACGCUGUCGUGGGUAAACGCGGCGCCAUCAAGGUCCUCAUCCAGCUGCUGAGCUCGCAGAACACGGGCGUGAGGGAGCAGGCGGUGUGGGCGUUGGGGAACAUCGUGGGCGACGGACCGGACUGCAGGGACAGGGCCAUCGAGGAGGGCAUCGUCAGGCCGCUCGUCGGACUCCUCAGCGUCACCACGCCCGCAUCCAUCGCGAGGCAGGUGUGCUGGGUCAUCACCAACCUUUUCCGGGUCAAACACCCCGUCAUCUCGCCGGAAGAGAGGAAGAUGUGCGCCGAAGCCAUCAGGAGACUCGUCGCCCACUUCGAUGCGAAGGUGCAAGCUGACUCCCUGUGGGCGGCGGCGUACUUCGCUGACAUGGGGCCCGGCAGCGUGGACGAGCUGAUCGAGUGCGGCGCCGUGAAGGACAUGGUGCAGCGCCUCUACUCGCAGGACGACAAGGUGGUCACGGCGGCGCUGAGGGCCACGGGGAGCAUCGCGGCGGGGGCCAACCACCAGACCGAGGCGGUGGUGUCCUCCGGCGCGCUGCCCAUCUUCAGGGACCUCCUCGGCCACCCAACGCAGGCAUCGCCAGCGAGGCGGCGUGAUCCUCUCGAACGUGACAGCUGGCACGCCGACCCAGAUCCAGAUGGUGAUCGACGUGCAGGUGGUGCCCGCGCUCAUGAAGGCCGUGGAGAGAAGCAGCGCAACGAGGAGCUGCAGAAGGAGGCGUCGUGGGCGCUGUGCAACAUGGUCUCGGGCGGCACGGAGGAGCAGAUCGCGAUGCUGGUGUCCGUGGGCGCCGUCUCGUCCCUCUGCCACCUGCUGAAGGCGGAGGACGGCGCUCGUCCUGGUCUGGAGGCCCUGAGCCGUGUGGGUCUGCUGGGAGGGAGGCGGAAGGGGCAUGCUGGGUCUGGAGCCCUGAGCGGCGUCUUUGCGAAAUCCCAGAACGAGGAGGCGACCGCCCGCCUGGUGGAGGGCGUGGGCGGCCUCGAGACCCUCCGGGGCCUGCAGUCGAACCAGGACCCGAAGGUGGCGCAGGCGGCCUCCACGCUGCUCUCGCUCUACUUCGGCGGCAGCAGGAGGAGCAGCUACGGAUACUGA